CCUUGAAGCCUUAAAGCCUUGACGCCCAUGAGUCGACUGGUGGUAUCCAUUGGCCACGUCGAGUUCACGGGCGGCAGGGAGGUCCUGUACGUCGUCAAAGUGCAGCAGGACGCCGACGAAUGGGAAGUACGUCGCACGUACUCGGACUUCCGCAAGAUGCGCGACGACGUCCAGCGCAUCAUGAAGGACGCGCGUGCUCACAUCUUAGACGACUCGUGCUCGCGCGAGUUUGCGCGUGAGCUGCAGGAGCUGCCGUUCCCAUCCAAGCGGCUCUUUGGCAGCAAGAAGGACCACGUGGUCAAGGAGCGCGCCGUGGAGCUGCACCGCUUCCUCAUCAAGCUUUUGUUUCUCACACACAAGUACCGCAAGGCGCAGAAGGCACGAUACGAUCAGUAUGUGCAGGCGCUGCCCGCUCACCAACAGGCCGCGUAUGCGGCGCUGCAGGACCGGACACAGGCCAGCGCCAGUGUCUUCUACUUGCUGCGAGACUUUUUAAAGCCCAUCACUAUCAAAACAGACGUACCACCGCACUCAGGUGACCUACUGGGGUCCUCUGGACUCGAUAGCAAUGGAGCAGGCGAAGAUAGCGACAACUCGCCCACGAGACUCAUCCGAGAGAGCAAAAUCUUGGCCAUGAGGAGCUCCAAUUCCGGCGAGAAGAAGACCCGUGAGGCUGAAAAGAUGCAACAAAAGCGCAGAGAACAUCAGCUGGGACAGCUACGCAAGGAACAGCACAAGCAACAGCCUGUGCAACACAAGGACGAGGUGGCGAAUCCUGCUAACGACGCUACGUCGCUGUAUGACCACAAUAGUACUCCUAAGACUGCCAAGAUGAACAACUUAAUGGCUGCAUCAGAGCGCUCAAAGGCCGAAGCCAACUCGCUACGCGACCAGUUUUUACAGAAGCAACACAGCACGUCAGCGCUGGCGACCGAACACCGGAAACAGCGACAUUAUUCGACGCCUGACGGUAAUGCCGGCGAGUGGAAGAACCGCAGUGCACGAGCAACUACGUCUGCGAGUACAGGCAACUCAGUGGCGUCUUCGCACGACGACUCCGAACCCGAGAAGGAGAAAUUCAUCUCGUCUUCAGCCACCCCGUCCUCGACGUCCUCGACGGCAUCUGUUGAGGAAGUGAAGCUCGUGGAUUUGUCGUCUCUGGCGCAGUACAAGACGAAGAAAAGUUCUCGAAGAGGCAGCCACUCCAGCGACAAAUCCAAGUCUUCGCACAAAUCGACAGGCAAAGAAAAGACCUUAACGCGCAGUAAGGAGAAGAAGAGUCCGUCACGUACGAAGAGGAAGGCCAAGUCGGCCAAGAACGUCCAGAUGAGCGACUCAGAGCGCAUGUCACGUGUCAGUUCGGCACUGAACGCUCAAGCCAUUUCGAUCCAAGCGCAGCGAGAGCUGGAGAAGUAUAUGACCGAGUACAGCGCUAUUAUGAUCUUACGCUACGUGGAUAGGUUCGUCAACAAGGCGGUGAUGAAAGCGCCCGGUUGUUACCGAGUGAAUGCGCAGUAUCGACUGGUAAUCGACGGUCAGCGGUUCCUGCAAGAACUGGAAGAGACCUUCACAGAUCUGCCGAAUAACUUUGGUGAUUUAUUCCGUGUCGGAGCUCCUGGAGACUCGGAUGAGUAUGGGCUUCCUCCGGCAUUGGACAAGUAUGUGCAGCUCAAGUGGGACUCGUUCCAGUCUAUGGGCAGCAGUCGCGUCAGCCACGAUAACGGACACAGCAGUGCGGCCGAUCAGACGUCGGACUCGGAUGAUUCCGAUACGGAUUACGAGUACGAAGAAGUUGGCGGAGGCGGCUACAUGACGGCGAAGCAGCAGUUCUCGAACGAUGAAGAGUCCAUGCUGCAGGAAAUGAUUGCCAACGGUACAGCCGGACGCGAACAGAUGCUGCGUCUGAGACGUCAAACGAACGAGCAGGGCUGGAAUCGACGCCAGAAUCCAGGAACGACAUCGCACCGUGUGAUCGAGGAGGUUUCGUCGUCUGAUUCGGAUGAAGAGGUGGUAGCUCGACAGCGAGAGAAGCGCAGAUCCAAGCGACGUGAGCCCCAAAGAAGCGUGUCUUGCGUCGUGGAGAAGUACCAGCAGGAGCAGAAUGCCAGCGCCUCAGUCGAGUGCAGAGUAUGGGCGGUCAGAGUAUUGGCGGUUUUGUGUAAAAUACAUUCAAAGCAAGCGGUGGAGCAGCGAGCAGGAAGCAAGAAAUGUGACAAAAAGCCACCAGAUAGAGGCGGCUACGGCGCAAAAGUCUCUCGAUCGGACCACCAUCGCGACGAAACAUCGAUGGAAUAAGUGCAGUAACAACCACACAAUGAACACAUCAGCAGUCU